ACGGCACUCACGCCUUGAUGAAGGGCACUCUCCCUCUCUCUCCUUCUCUGGAACACUUCUGUUGCUAUUAAAACGUUCGCUCCCUCUGUUUGAUUUUCCGACAAAUUUUCAGCCACAUCUCCUCAGGAAACGAAGCACCCAUAAAGCCUCCCGGCUCCACUGUCCACUCUCUCUGUACCUUUUAUUUCCAGGAUUACUCAUAACCAUACAAAUCAAGUGGCAUGUUCUGUUGAAUCUUAAAUCUGUCCUUGAAGGGGUUGUUUAAGUGGGUUUGGUGAAUUGAAGGGGAAAUGUUAAAAAUGUACAAGCCAGUGAACUCUAUUAAAGAGUGGGAGGUGAAAGUGAAGCUUUUGGGAGAUGGAAAGGUUGACAAGCUGAAGAACUCAGUGGCUUCAAGAUCUCCAAUGAAGCUGUGGAUUUUAAGGGCGAUCACAACCGCCUUGCUAUGGACCUGUGUGAUCCAACUGAUGGCAAUCGGAGAAAUGUGGGGGCCAAGAUUGUUGAAGGGUUGGCCUUCUUGUUUUAGUCAUCCUGAACUCAAACUACCUUCUGUUCCCGCCAAAGUUGUUCUUCCUCCUAAGAGGAUUUAUAAGAAUAAUGGGUAUCUUAUGGUGUCCUGCAAUGGAGGACUCAACCAAAUGCGAGCAGCAAUUUGUGACAUGGUUGCUAUUGCUAGAUAUCUAAAUGUAACUCUCAUUGUUCCAGAAUUGGAUAAAACCUCAUUUUGGAAUGAUCCAAGUGAGUUCCAAGACAUAUUUGAUGUUCAUCAUUUCAUCAAUUCCUUGAGAGAUGAGGUUCGCAUAUUGAAAGAGCUACCGCCUAGGCUAAAAAGACGAGUUGAAUCGGGAAUGUUCUACUCACUGCCACCAGUUAGUUGGUCAAACAUAUCUUACUACCUCCAUCAGAUUCUACCUUUGGUGCAAAAGUAUAAAGUUGUACAUUUGAAUAAAACUGAUGCCCGUCUUGCUAACAACGGGCUACCUAUUGCAAUUCAAAAGUUGCGCUGCCGUGUAAAUUUUAAUGCUCUGAGAUUUACAUCACAGAUAGAACAAUUAGGUAGAAGGGUAGUCAAACUUUUAAGGCAGAAAGGCCCCUUCCUGGUCCUUCAUCUCAGAUAUGAAAUGGAUAUGUUGGCUUUCUCUGGUUGCACUCGAGGUUGUAACAGUGAAGAGGUUGAGGAACUGACAAGAAUGAGAUAUGCUUACCCCUGGUGGAAGGAAAAAGUUAUAAAUUCUGAAAUGAAAAGGAAAGAAGGUCUGUGUCCUUUGACCCCUGAGGAAACUGCUCUUGUGUUGAGUGCUCUGGGCAUUGAUCCUAAUGUUCAAAUUUAUAUUGCUGCCGGAGAAAUAUAUGGUGGAAAAAAAAGAAUGAAGAGUUUGACAGCAACAUUCCCUAAUUUGGUUAGGAAAGAAACUCUGCUGGGACCAUCAGAUCUGAAGUUUUUCCAGAACCACUCAUCCCAAAUGGCAGCAUUGGAUUAUCUCGUCUCCCUGGAGGGUGACAUAUUUGUUCCUACGUAUUACGGCAAUAUGGCUAAAGUUGUUGAAGGCCAUCGCAGAUUUUUAGGAUUCAAGAAGACUACUUUGUUGGACAGAAAACUUCUAGUUGGUUUAAUAGAUGAAUAUAACAAGGGAUCAUUGAGUUGGGAUGAGUUCUCUGCCUCUGUGAUGGAAGUUCAUGCUGAUCGUAUGGGGAGUCCAAAGACACGGGUUAUCAUACCAGCAAAACCAAAGGAAGAAGAUUAUUUCUAUGCCAAUCCAUGUGAGUGUUUGCAACUGUCAGAUGAAAAUUGAGUAGCACAUGAACCUAGUCACGCCAACAAGAUGAUCAUCCUCGACUAGGAGCCUAUUGUAUUUAUCAGAGGAAAAUGGCCUCAUUUUUGGCAUGGAGGCUUACGUACAGAUUAUUUCAAUCCUGUUUGUGAAAAUUGAGCUCAGAAGAACUUGGGGCGUCAGCCUGGAUCUUCUCAAGCAGCAUCAACAAAAUAUUUAUGACUAUUUAUUUUUUAAUAACCAGAACGUGUAUAGAGUAGGAAAAUAUGCCCUUGCCGAGGCCUGAAAUCCAGUUAACUGGUAUGUAAAGAAGGAUAGAAGAAAGAUUUCCCAGAUGGGAGAUUUAGGUUGCAGUGAGUAAUCCUUCUCCACAUUUCCCUCACUGUUACGAUUUUUCUUCAGCACCUCGUGUAAUGAAAAAUUUAUGCUUCUCUGUCCCAGUUGAAUAAAGAAUGUUAAGAAUCUUCCUGGCAA